AUGCCCCUUCCACAGGCCCUCCGCCUCGGCGCCCCGCGCGGCCUCACGCGCGGCUUCGGUCGACGCUUUGCAGCUGCCGCGGCCCCUGCAGCCACCAGUGGAAAGGUCUCGCAAGUGAUCGGCGCUGUGGUCGACGUGCAGUUCGACUCUGCCUUGCCACCCAUUCUGAAUGCCCUGGAGGUGGAAGGCUUUGAACAUCGCCUGGUUUUGGAAGUGGCGCAGCACUUAGGCGAAAACAUGGUGCGCACCAUCGCCAUGGAUGGUACGGACGGCCUCACCCGUGGCCAGAAGGUCAUCGACACCGGCGCCCCCAUCACCGUGCCGGUGGGAGAGCAGACGCUUGGGCGUAUCAUCAACAUCAUCGGUGAGCCGAUCGAUGAGUUGGGCCCCAUCGAGACCAAAAAGUUCUAUGCCAUCCACCGACCCACACCCACCUUCACCGAGAUGAACACCACUGCUCAGCAGUUGCUCACGGGCAUCAAGGUCGUGGACUUGUUAGCGCCCUACGCCAAGGGCGGUAAGAUCGGCCUCUUCGGCGGCGCCGGCGUGGGCAAGACGGUGGUCAUCAUGGAACUCAUCCACAACAUUGCCCUGAAGCACGGUGGUUACAGUGUCUUCGCAGGUGUAGGGGAGCGAACCAGAGAGGGUAACGAUUUGUAUCACGAGAUGAUGGCCAGUGGUGACGUGUGCCAUGUGAUCAAGACCUAUUGGUCACUACUGCUGGGGAAUCUGCUGGAGUGGUAUGAGUUUUGUUUGUUCAGCUUUCUAGAACCCUACUUCGAGGCGAACUUCUUCCAGGGCUCGGCGCUGGCGGCCUGGUUGGGCUUCGCGAUCACAUUCGUGGCCCGACCCUUUGGUGGCGUGGCGCUGGGCCUGGUGGGCGAUGUCUUGGGACGCAAAGUCUCCACCUUCUUGUCGAUCUUCGGGAUGCUGUGCGGUACUGUACUUCAAGGAGUUCUUCCAACCUACAAGAACGGCCACGUUGCAGGGACCCUGGGCCUCAGCGUGCUGAUCCUUCUGCGCUUGCUGCAGGGCGUGUGCACCGGGGGCGAAAUCGCCGCGGUGACCACCUACCUCACCGAGAUCGGCGAGCCCCGUUCAUUGUCAAGCUCUCUGUUGUUGGUUCCCGUGACCGCGACAGUGGGCUUCUUUGCUGGUCAACUCAUGACCUUUUCCUUUGAAUGGUUCUUGGGCGAAGAGCAGAUGAUGGACUGGGGAUGGCGAAUACCCUUCCUCUUGGCGCUUUUUCCAGGCCUUCUGGCCACCAUGGGACGGCGUUGUAUCCCUGAGUCCGGGCUCUUCUUACGCGCCAAAGAAGAGUCAGAGAUCACUUCGAGCAAGUCUGCUACGUCCAGAGCUAUUUCAAAGACCAGGGAGCUCCUGGCCUCUUAUUGGCCUCAAGUCUUGCUAGGAGUUGGUGCCGUGGCAUCUGUCUCGGUCCUUCAGUAUGGAGGGAUCUCUUGGCACUUGGUGUCUCUGAAGAAGAAGGGCUUAUCAAGUCAGGCACGCAUUGCCUGCGCGGCAGGCGCCAACGCGUUGACCGUCGGCUUGGCGCCCCUGGUGGGUUGGCUGGGCGACCGACAGGGCGCUGCAUGGGUGAUGAUGGUCACCAGUGCGAUGAUGGCUCUUCUGGGGAUGCCACUACUGCUGGCCAUGGAUGCCGCGGUGGAGCAGCCUGAAGUGGAGAUCGGCCUCUUUACGAUCGCCUUUGGCAUCCUGGGCGCCUUAGAGAUGUGCCACUUCUUGCAGGUGGUGGAGCUCUUCCCCGUGGACGUGCGCAAUGCCGGGGUCGGGCUCAGCUACAACCUUGGCGUUUGCCUCUUCGGCGGCUUUGCCCCCAUGGCCUUCGAGGCCGCCGCGGCCACACCUGGCUGCGGCACCUGGCUGCCGGCAGCGCUCUUCGCGGCGGGAGGCACGGACGGGCACUGA